CGCAUCUAAGGCGCAAAAGGCGGAAGACAAACAUUUUUUUGCUGAUCCAGGGACAUUUGCCACUGUUGUGCUUAGGCCCAAUUACUUACCAACACACGCUAGGCUCUUAUCUGUUCAUUCAAACCUUAUUGUGUAGCGUGGCUACAGUGCCUGACCUGCUAAAGGAGCUUGAACGAGGGCUUGCGUCACCUCCUCAAAGGAGCGUCUGCAAAAUGCAGCACUCAGCACAUAUGCAGCAGCGUCUACAGAGCAGUGUUCAUGCAUCGACGAGCGCAAGCCGUUGCAUUUUCAAGUCUGCAUCGCGAACGAGCAAUCAGUACUCGCUGACCCGCUCUCAGGCGUCCGCAAACCGGCGCUCCAAAACAUUGGUUUAUUUCCAGAAUGCAGAUGUUGCGAUGCAGGCGCCUACCGAGCUACAACUUAUGGAGACCGAAGUGUCUAAACCAAAGGCGAAAACCCUAAGUUGGGCAGGUGCUGGCAUCUAUUUCUUUUGGCAGCUGGGUGCUAUGAAGUAUCUUGCCGAGCGCUACGAUCUCACACGUGUACCAAUGGCCGGAGCUAGUGGUGGAGCUCUAGCGGCUGUGCUCGCGGCAUGUGGCAUACCUGCCGACACGGUCCUCCAGCGGGCAUAUGACCUAAGCGUUAAACAUGGAAUCUGGGAGAGGCCGCUUGGCUUGGUUGGUGUAUGGGGGAGCCUCAUUGAGCAAUGGCUAGAUGAUUUGCUGCCCGCAGAUGCCGCCGAGCGAUGCAGGGGCAAGACCACCAUCAUCGUUACAACGUUGCCGAACAUGGCACAGGUGGGCAUUACCGAUUUUACGGACAAGAGGGACCUCAUCAACGCGGCCAUGGCGAGUGCGCACAUCCCCAUGCUGUUGGAUCUGAAGUUUGCGCGACUCUGCCGGGGCAAGUACUGCGUGGACGGCUCAUUCCCGGACUUCUUUUAUAACGACAACUCGGAGUUGCUUAAGGCGGGGGGCUCGGCGGUAAUCUUUGACUAUUUCAACGAUACCAAGCUGGUUCGCAAGGGGCGCAUGGACAUGUUGUCACUGAAGAAGUACGAGGAAGUGAAGCACAUCAUGCAGCUGGGGUACGAGUACGCGGAGGGGCUGCACCAGGAGGGCCAUUUUGAUCAUUUCGAGGUGGGGGAGAUGGUGUUCGACCACCUCGAUGAUGCGGCUAAAAGGCAGAUUACGGAGGUCGCAAGCACACCGGCGUCGGAGACCCAGGUGACGGCCCUGGUGGCCACGCAGCAUGGGCCGGGGCAACGGUGA